UGCAUGUCUCUCGGAACAGGCGAACAGCCAGUAGUGAGAAACCAAAAAGGAAGGCGCGAAAACGUCAUAGCAGAGUCAGCGUGAGAGAGUGGAAUGCCGGAGCUUCCAGAAGUGGAGGCGGCCAGGAGGGCCGUCGAAGACAACUGCAUCGGAAAGAAGAUAGUGAAAUGCAUUGUUGCUGAUGAUCCAAAAGUCAUCGACGGUGUCUCUCCGUCGGAGCUCCAAGCUUCGGUGGUCGGCAAGACCAUUGUCGCAGCUCGCCGAAAGGGAAAGAACAUGUGGCUUCAGCUCGAUUCACCUCCUUUCCCUUCCUUCCAAUUCGGCAUGGCUGGUGCUAUAUACAUAAAAGGCGUUGCAGUUACUAAGUACAAAAGGUCUGCUGUGAAUGACGAAGAGGAGUGGCCUUCCAAAUAUUCUAAGUUUUUUAUUGAGCUAGGCGAUGGCUUGGAGUUGUCUUUCACUGACAAAAGGAGAUUUGCUAGAGUUCGCCUGCUUAAAGAUCCAACAUCAGUGCCUCCCAUAUCUGAACUUGGUCCUGAUGCACUUUUGGAACCCAUGACACUUGAGGAGUUCACUGAAUCUCUGCACAAGAAGAAAACUGAAAUCAAACCUUUGUUACUUGAUCAGAGCUUUAUUUCAGGUAUUGGAAAUUGGGUUGCAGAUGAAGUGCUAUACCAAGCAAGAAUCCAUCCUCGGCAAACAGCUACUAGCCUUUCGGAUGAAAGUUGUGCAGCUUUGCACAAAUCCAUUAAAGAGGUUAUUCAAUAUGCGGUUGAAGUUGAUGCUGAAUGUAGCUGUUUUCCUCUUGAAUGGUUAUUUCAUUUUCGUUGGGGGAAAAAGACUGGAAAAAUCACACUUGAAGUUGGAGCAGAUAGUAGUCAGUUUCCUUCUAGUUGGAUAUUUCAUUCACGUGAAAAAAAGCCUGGCAAGGCUUUUGUUGAUGGGAAACAAAUUGACUUUAUUACUGCUGGUGGCAGGACCACUGCGUAUGUGCCAGAGUUGCAAAAGCUGAGUGGAUCACAAGAUGUGAAAGAAAUUGGAAAAUCUAAAAGGCAAACCUCAAAGAAAAAAAGCAUUGAUGAUGACGAUGAAGAUAAUGAGAAACCAACAAAUGGGGAAGAGGAUGAUUUGGGAAGUCUUAAAUCAAAGAAGGCGAAAAAAGCAGGAGGUGGAGGUAGGAAGCCUUCCAAAAAGAAGUCUGAGGAAAGUGACUAUGAUAAUGAUGGCGAUGCCGGUUCUGAUGAGAAUGAUGAUAAUGAUAAUGUUGAGAAGAAGAAACCAGGAGGGAAGCAAUCAAAGAAAAGAGUUCAAAGCAGUCAAAAUAGUAGGAAUGCUAGAAGGAAAGUUAAGUAGCCACUAUUACGUAGCUUGCUAGCUGCUGUGCUAUUCCCUCGAGAACAACAGAAGGAUGGAUUAUUUUGUACCUGCAACUUAGAUUAACUAUCUUAUGUGUUCUCUAUGUUAUCUAUUGCCCGGUUGGGCUUCCUCAAAUCAAUCAUGACCUAUUUUAAUUAUUUCAACCAGAAAAUUGGGAUAAAGGGAUCAGCUGACAGGUUUUGUACUUA